UAAUUUUAAUGGGAUUUACUGUCCAAGGUUUUCUGGCACUUUACUUGAUUCCCUUCUCAAUGGUCUUGACUAUGCUCAUGAUCUUACCAUUCCCAAGGUUUAUCAAGAAGGUUGCUUUCUCUCUCGUUGAAUUAAGAAUAAAGAAAAUUUCUAAAAUCAAAAUAGGAGUUAUGUACUGCAUUCUCUGAGGAGCCAUUUGCCUCUUUGAUCUCAUCACUUAUAUACAAUUUGAAGAGUCCAAGAUGUCCGAUAUCGAAAGAAAGGAGGCUGAAGAGCACUGUUUAGACUUAAAAAAUUGCAACAUUAUGGCCAAUAUGCAGAACAGGAAGUUUAGAAAUUUACUCAUUUUUGGACUAGGAUUUUUGAUUUCAGUGAUGAACUUCAUCCUUGCUAGCAGGAAUAGAAAGAUAUUUGCCCUAGAGGAUGAAAGAGAUGAGCUAAAGAAGAAGCAGUAAUUCAUAAAGCCUCUAUAUUCAUUCUAUAAAGCUCAUGGAAGCAUAAAUUUCUGUAUUCUUUA